GGGAGGCGUAAACUUCGCGACGUUGCAAGCUCGCGGUUGAUGACUGUUUAGUUAUAUUCAUUGUUCAAGAUAAACAAACAACUAAACAUGAAUGUCAUAGAUCAUGUUCGGGAUAUGGCAGCUGCUGGACUUCACUCCAACGUGCGGAUAAUGAGCAGUCUUUUAUUGACUAUGAGCAAUAAUAACCCAGAACUGUUCUCCCCGUCCCAGAAGUACCAGCUGCUGGUCUACCACGCGGACGCCCUCUUCCACGACAAAGAAUACAGAAAUGCAGGCUGCAAGUACAGGAUGGCUCUACAGCAGAAGAAGGUACUGAGCAAAACCUCCAAAGUGCGCCCUUCUACGGGAGGAACGGCGUCCUCGUUGCAGACACAGAGCCUGCCGUCUGAGAUUGAAGUGAAGUACAAGAUUGCUGAGUGCUACACCAUUCUGAAGCUGGACAGAGAUGCUAUUGCUGUGCUGGAUGGGAUCCCCUCUCGACAGAGAACGCCAAAGAUCAACAUGAUGCUGGCUAAUCUGUACAGAAAGGCAGGACAGGAGCGAUCCGCAGUGACCAGCUACAAGGAAGUUCUGAGACAGUGUCCUCUGGCGCUUGAUGCCAUCAUUGGUCUGCUGUCCCUGUCAGUGAAAGGAGCUGAGGUGGCCUCAAUGACCAUGGAUGUGAUUCAGAGCAUUCCCAACCUGGACUGGCUCUCUGUGUGGAUCAAGGCGUAUGCCUUCAUUCACUCCGGGGACAACCUGCGAGCCAUAAACACGAUCUGCUCUCUGGAGAAGAAGUCCCUGCUACGGGACAACGUGGAUCUGCUGGUGAGCCUGGCUGACCUCUACUUCAGGGCGGGGGACACCAAGAACGCCAUCCUGAAGUUUGAGCAAGCCCAGAUGCUGGAUCCUUAUCUGAUCAAAGGCAUGGAUGUGUACGGCUACCUGAUGGCACGUGAGGGCCACCUAGAGGAUGUGGAGGUCCUUGGAGGACGAUUGUUCAACAUCUCAGACCAGCACGCCGAGCCCUGGGUCAUAUCCGGCUGCCACAGUUUCUACAGCAAGCGCUACUCACGUGCCCUCUACCUGGGCGCCAAGGCCAUUCAGCUGAACAGCAACAGUGUGCAGGCCCUCCUCCUGAAGGGGGCAGCGCUGCGCAACAUGGGCCGGGUGCAGGAGGCCAUCAUCCACUUCCGAGAGGCCAUGCGCCUGGCCCCCUGCCGCCUGGACUGCUACGAAGGACUGAUCGACUGUUACCUGGCCUCCAACGGGAUCCGGGAGGCCAUGGGGAUGGCCAACAACAUUUACAAGACGCUGGGAGCCAACGCCCAGACUCUGACCAUCCUGGCCACAGUGUGCCUGGAGGACCCUCUGACCCAGGAGAAGGCCAAGACCCUGCUGGACAAAGCGCUGGCCCAGAGGCCCGACUACAUCAAGGCUGUGGUGAAGAAGGCGGAGCUUUUGAGUAGGGAACAGAAAUACGAAGAAGGCAUCGCUUUACUGCGACACGCCCUGGCCAAUCAGAGUGACUGUGUGUUGCACAGGAUGUUGGGAGAUUUCCUGGUGGCAGUCAACGACUACCAAGAGGCAAUGGACCAGUAUAGCAUAGCACUCAGCCUGGACCCCAACGACCAGAAGUCCCUGGAGGGCAUGCAGAAGAUGGAGAAGGAGGAGAGCCCGACGGACGCCACGGUGGAGGAGGAUGGGGACGACAUGGAGGGCAGCGGGGAGGACGGGGACCUGGAGGGCAGUGACAGCGAGGCGGCGCAGUGGGCUGACCAGGAGCAGUGGUUCGGCAUGCAGUGACCCCCGGCCCAGCUCCUCAGAGUCACCCACCCCCAGCCCCCCUGCACAGGGCCCCAUAUCACAGUCCCACCCACACUCCCUCCCAAUCAGUUAUUGCAUUCAGUAAGUCCCCAUAUUAUCUGUGUGUUAGGGUGGGACCUGUGCCCCGGGGGGGGAGGGUGACACACGCCCUGCUUGGGUGAGAGGGUGUGGCACGCCAUCACCCCCACACCUGCCCACCCAUGUAGGGCCUCUGUCAGUUCCGUGACGUUGCAGGAGCUGGGCCAACUGCAUGAGAUCUGCUGUGCGAGGACUUGUGUGGGAUGAUGUUCCUCGUGUACGUGUGCGUGCGUGUGUAUAUAUACAUACAGAACGGGAGAAGGAUUUUCUGCAGUCUCUUUAUUCAGUGUCUUUUUUCAGGGUGCUGUCUGUUCCCUGUUCCUGUAUGGCUGCUGUCAUACAGGUUUUUAAGCUUUUGUCUUAUGUAAUUUUUUGCAUCAUAAAAUGUUCAUAUCGGUUUUUUUUUUUCUCUUUUUCUGAUGAAUGACUUUUGUGGCCUGCUCUUUCUCUGUGUUCUUUGAGAAAAAGAAUGCUUCAUGCCAAUCAUGUACUGGUUUCUUCUGAAUUGCAUUCUUGGCACUAUAACUGAUGAUGGGGGAAGGUGGUGGGUGGGGAGGGGGGUUCCUUAUACAGAUGUUUAUAACACAGUGUAGUGUGCUGUACAUAUACAUAUAUAUAACAUGAACUUGUGUCGUUUAGGAGCGUAAAGGAAAUAAAAUCAUGG